AUGAAGGACAUCAUUACGAGCAGUGGGUUCGUGUGGCACACACCUGCGACUGGUCCUCCCAAACUCUAUUUCGUCGAUGCUAGCUUACAUUAUGACAUCCUAGCCUACAAUUUUCAUAAAACAAGAGGAACAUUCAAAAAUUAUAAUCUCGCCUUGAACUGGGCUAGAACUCCUAUGACGGGAUAUCCACGUCGUCUGACAAUUGAUAGGACUGGUAACCUCUGGGUGCCUCUUUAUGAUGGUCGCGGAAUUAUUCAAGUUGAUCCAGACGAAAACAAAAUAUUACAAUAUAUUCCCAUGCCUGCAAAAAGAGUCGGCGCGUGCAUUUUCGGAGGUCCAGGCUAUGAUAUUUUAUAUGUAUCAACAAUAGGAUAUGGCCAUAAAGAUGAUCCUGAGUUACGUCCACAAGGAGAUCAAGGUGGUACAAUUUUCGCUUUCAGGGACCUUGGCGUGAAAGGGUGGGCGCCAGAACAAUACAGGAUGGAUAUGGAUAAAAUACCCAACAGUGUCCAGCUAAUCUAA